GCGCGCCAAUUAAGUUGAACGCAUUUAAACUAAAACUUAUCAGCUGUUAACCAAUAAAACUUUAAUCGAUUUUAAUUGUCGAAUUACGAUCUAAUACUCAUUUUAUUUGUCAAAGUUAAGUUUGCUUAAUAAAAUACCGGUUAAAAAUCAUUUUCUUUUUAUUUGUGCGGUGAAAUAUGCAUAAUUUUCGUGUACCACCGUCACCAACAUGGUAUGUACCACCGGUUUGUUCACCAGAAAACGGAUUAUUGUACAUUACCGGUAAUCAUACAUCAAUCGCUUAUAUUCCGCCUGUAAAAAACAAUGAUUCAACCAAAUCCAAAGCGACGGAUGCACAAAAUGUUCAAAACAUACAAAUUAUACAAACCCACAAUCACUUUAAGUCAAUUGACUGUGAUCCAAAUUGGUCGUCGAGUAAGUGGUUUGUAACAAUGAAUGAACAAAAUUUGAUUUGGGUUUGGGAUGUGGAAACGAGUAAAGUGUGUCGUGGUCAUAAAGCACAUGUUGCCGAUGGCAUUGAUCGUCGUGCAAAUGCAGACUGUUAUAUUGGUGGUGCUAUGUGCAUUUCAAAGAAUCGUCAAGUGUUAUCGAUUGAUCACCAUGCUUUUGUUCGAUACUGUUUAAUAUCCAAUACAUAUUCCAUGUUUCCCGAUAAUUUUGUUAUGAAACGCGGAACAGUCAGCAUUCUUAAAACAUCACCGUCCAAUCAGGACAUCAUUGCUGUUGGCUACAAAAAUGGUUUGAUUGUCAUUGUAAACUAUGCCGAAACAACGACGUUGCAAAAGUUAAGAGGUCACGAUUCUGAAAUCGUUUCGCUACAAUGGACCUUAAUUAAGGCAAAACCACGAGAUAAAAUCAAAACGAAUGAGAUUGCAUUUGAAACACCAGAAAAAGCAUCUUAUAAGAAAGCCGAUGCAAUGCCGUCUACGUCGAAACAGAAGUUCAAUCAAAAAAAGACAGAAUCGAAGCAAAAAAAUCGCGAACCACCAAAGCCGAUUGUAGAUGCUGGUGAUAUGUUUGACAUUCAUUCCUAUGAUUAUUUGGAAGAGGAAUUUGGAACGAUUUCAAGUAAAGUGUCGGGUAAAGUUGAUGAUGCCAAUGAAAAUCAAAAAGUGGCUAGCCCCAACAAUGAACAUUUCAAUUUUGUCGAAGAAUGUCAAACGCUACGUGAAAAAAUUCGCGCUGGAAAUGACUCCGAUUCGGAUGAAUCGUCCGAAUUUAAUCGUAUGAAAAAUCAAUCAGCCGUUAAUAUGUCUGAUAUACAAAAAUUUAUGGAAACAAAAGGUCCAAAUAAAAAUGAUUCAAUUACAUUGUCAGACGAUUCAGACGAAGCCGUUGGAAUUGAUGAACUUUCGAAUCGCAGCACAAUCGGCAGCAGCCACAAUACAACUGAAAUCGUUGAACUUGAAGAAGUUAUCAAAGAUUUGAAUAUCAACGAUGAUUGCAAUGGAAUCGUUUAUUUGGUGUCUGGUGCACAGGAACAAAAUGUUAUUAUUUGGAACAUUGAAACGGGAUCGAUUUCCGAUAAAAUUCAAUUGAAAUGUGAAAAAGGACGCCCCAAAAUUCCAAAACCGAAUUGUACAAUUGCGUGGAUCUCGCCGAAUGCUUUUGUUGUAAAUGGUCCCGAUGGAAAAAUUUCGUCAUGGAAAACAACAGAUGAAAGCAAUGACAAGAAAUUGAAAUUUAUUUUGAAUCGUCACGACUUUCCGGAUACGGCUGUGAUUAAUAUUUGCUCAAAUUUUGAGUACAAACCAGUUAAAUCAACGGUAUGGACAUUUUCAACGCAUUUGAAUAUCGUUGGUCAUUGUUUUGUUGGCGCCGAAACGAGUGAGAUUAUAGCAAAGUAUUCAACACUACCGAUUGGUAUGUUUUCGAUGCGAAUUAGUCCGCAUGAUCCAAACAAGAUUGCAAUUGCUGGUAAUAAUAAACGCAUCAAUAUUUUGGAUUUAUCAACACUAAAGCACAAUAACAUCGAAAUACAUUCGCUAACAUCAAAAAUACAAGGAAAGGUGAUCGCUUUGAGUUGGCAUCCAACAAAUGAAAAUCUAUUAAGUUUCAGUACAAUUGAAGGACGGGUUGGUAUUUUCAAUAUAAGCAAGACUACGGCUGCGCCGGAAUUGAUGAAGAAUUUUUGUGGACGAGAGUUGUACGCAUUAUCAUACGAUCCAAUUGAAUGCAACCUAUUUGUAACCAACCACGAAUCAUUGAUGAUGUUCAACGAAAAGUCAACAAAAGAUGACAAUCACAAUUCAGUUCGGUUUGGGGUUGCGGUUUCAUCGGUUAGCGUUAGCCCAAAUGGUGUAUAUGUUGCGACCGGGUUUUCCAAUGGUACAUUCAAAAUUCUAUUGAAUGGCCAAGAUGACAAAACGGAGCGGUAUUCGGAAUCGAUUUCGAAAAAGUAUGUAUCAGAAUUGUCGUGGUCAACCAUCGAUCCGAACAAAUUGGCUGUGUCAACGAACGAUGGCAAAAUUUUUAUCUACAAAGAAGAUGCUGAUACAUUUAAAAGAACAGGUGAAUUGAUGGGACAUGAGGCCGGAGUCACGUUUGUUAGUUGGAGCGGUCAGUCCGAACACAAAUUGGUUUCGGCCAGUUUCGAUCAUACCGUACGUGUUUGGGACACACAAAAAUUGGAAUGCAUUGCUUGGUUUGAAUAUGAAAAUAAAAUGAACUGUGCCAACUUCUUACCAACAGAUGAAAACUUUGUAGUAUGUUCGGGCCAAUCGGAAACAAUGCACAUUUUCGAAAUUGGAAAGCGUCUCGUUGCAGACGUCGGUGCAUAUAAUGGCAAAAAGAACAAGAAGAAACCAUUUAAUAACGAAGUCAAAUGGGGAACCAAGUACCAGAAUGAAGCUUCAAAAUUGCAAUCGCAAGAGAAAAAAAAGUUAAAACAAUUAGAAAAGAAAGCAUCGGAAAAUGUGGAAAAAAUCACUGACCAAUUGAAUGAUGUACAAUUGGCUCCGCCUACUCCGUCUACUACGUUGAAGUUGAAUCACACCACCAUUUUAUAUUUGACCAACAAAGAGAUCAACAAGAAUCCGCUUGAUCAAUUGCAAAGUUUACUGCAAAAAUCAACGAGUUCCGGUGACACCAGUGAAAAUGCACAAGAAUGUCUUCAUGAAAAAUUGUUCGGCAAUCGUGAAGACGUCAUGAAACUUCUGAACGAUGAAUUGAAAAAUCAUCGAUUUUCAAAAACAAACUCCAUUGGUAAUUUGCUCAUUCCACAAAUUCAGUAUGACCUGAAAGCCAAUAUCAUCGAGAAUAUUGAAGGAAAAUCUUUAACCGAACAACACGUUUCAUUGGCACCGUCCAUUUCAUAUGAAUUCUGGAAAAAUUGCUCACUAGCAUAUGCCAAUCAAUGUGUUGAACAAGGAUUCACUUUGCAAGCGAUUCCACAUCUUUUGGCCAUACAACAAGUGAACGAAGCCAUUGAAAAAUUGUGCGAUGCACAUUUUUAUCGUGAAGCAUGGUGCAUUGCCAAAAUGAAUAAAGAGUCGGAAGACAAGAUUCUCGAUACAAUUACCACCAAAUGGAUUCAACAUAUGGAGCAAUUGGGCAAUCUCGAAGGUGCCGCUUUGAUUUCAUUUUUGUCGGGCAAACGGGAAUCGGCAUUCAACAUACUGAAUAAACGAAAAUUCAAGACUGCACAGAUCGAAGACAUACUCGGCCAUUUGUCACCAGCUACACCCAAUUGAUCGAACCAAAUCGCCAACAUUUUCAACUUUACUCUUGAAGAGCCUAACAAUGAACUUACCAAAACGUGAUUUAAUCACUACUGCUGUCAUUCAGUUCAAUUUGUCUCAUAUGUGAUUUGAAAUCUCAGCUAAAGAUAAUAAAAUAAGCAAAAAAAUAUCAUUUUAUCGGCCAAAUAAAGUAGCUAUUUUACGUAAAUCCA